CCAUGAAAAACCUGAAAGUUUAACUAAAAUCUGAAAUUACCGUAAGCUUUUUAGUGCAGCAUUUUACACUGUCACACAUUUUACACCUUCCCAAGUGCCUGCACCCGGCGAUUCCUCCGCGUCCUGGCCCGCACCGCGCUGCCCCGCGGGGCGGGGCCGGAACCUCGUUCCCUCCGCGGGGCCCGGAAGGGCGGGCGGCCGGAAGGAAGGCGGGCAGGGAGGAAGCGGCGGCUGCGGCGCGGCGGCAACAUGGUGAACACCAGGCGGACGGCGGCGCGGCGCCGGGAGCCGGGGGCCCGGGCAGGCGGUGGCAGCAGCCCCGGCGGUCCCGGUGCCGAUCCCGAUGCCGGUGCGGCGGAGGUGGGGUCUGCUGAAAUUAGUACUCCUGUGACUAGGAGGAUGACUAGAAGAACUAAAUCAGUUCGUAAGCCAGAGGUGAUUCAGGAAUCUCAGUUUGAAGAGUUGGAGCAUGCAGAAAUUAAAUCAGAUGUCAGUGAUAGCUCAGAGAUGCAGAUCACUGGGAAUGAAGGCACAGCUAUUCAGUCAGUACAAUCAGCUGCUGAACCACAAGUUGAUGGUGAUGUGUCAGAAGCAGAAUCAAACUGCUCUUCUGUGUCUGGUCUCCAGACACCUUUACUUGUAAGAGUAACACGAAGGCGACAAAUUGUAAUUCCUUAUCAACCGGAGUCUGCUGACAAAAAAAGACAAGACAAUACAGCUUUUGUAAGUAAGUUAAGUAGGAUUCUGGAUGAAGAUGAUGUCUCUGAAGCUGAGUCUUGUUCCUCUGCUGUUUCUGGUGUCCAGAUGCCUAAUGGUCUCACAAGUACAAGGAGCAGACAAAGUAAAAAGAAAUUGCAGCCACAUAGAGUUUGUGAAGCCCAGAGUGAAGAUACUUCUGAUGCAGUAUCAUGUUGUCUAAGUUCUCACGUGGAACCAUCUGUCACUACCAAACGUAUUACUAGGAGCAUGCAAAUUAAGUCACAUGCAGAAAAUAAUAAGCAGACUGAGAAAAAAAAUAGAUUUGUUUCAGAAGAUGAGAAUUUAUUUGAGGACGCUGUUAAAUCUGAGCCCACAAUUUCUGAUUCUAGACCUACUGCAGAACUUGUCAGUGACACAGAAGAUGCUUCCACCCUCAUUGACAGUAACAUAGAACCCAGUCCACCUAAAAGCAAAUGUGCUUCCAAGUGUGCUAAUGCACCCCAGAGUGAAGACAUGAAAGAAGAGAUUUUAAAUGAUGUGACAUCCAGUCUUACAAAAACAAAACAAAGUGAUGCUAAGUCACCUGUGAAAAAACAAAAAAAAAAUACACAGUCUGUUGAGACAGACCAUUCAGAAGCAAUAUGUGGCCAAAUACAAGAAGAUCACAGUAAAAUACUUGCGAGGGAGGGGAAAUUAGAGCGUGUGGCUGUUUCUUUGACUGACUGCAUGAGUCCCAAAAAAUUUCUAGAAUCCCAAGGACAAGAAACACCAAAUGAAAGUAAAAAAAUUGCAGAAUGUGAAAGAGCAGAUGCUGAGGCAGAUGCACAGCAGUCUUUGUCAUGUGAUGAGAAAUUAAGGAAGAGUAAGCAAGCCAGUGCAGUGAGCAGCCCAUCAAAGGACAUGGCUGUUACACAGACAGCUAAAAGCUUUGAUAAAAGCAGGAUGUGCGAAAUUGGUGCAGACAGGGGUGACAACCAAACAAAAGAAUAUGUAGUAUCCCAUAGCAGUGAAAAACCAAGCAGUGAUAAUGACUCUGUUGCAUUGUUUCUGAGUGAAAGUGAUGACUCUGAAAACAGUGAUGUGGCAGACAUAGAUACAGUCAAUAAGAAUCUGUGCUAUAAGAAGUCAGAUGAGAGAACUCCCUCCUUAAAAAAAUCCUUAAAAAGUGGUUCGCUGCAUGUUGAAGGUCUUUUUGUAAUUGAUACUGAGCCUGGCAUGAGUUCCAGCCAAAAGUAUUAUCUGGAUGAUGUAGACCAAGACAGUGGUGAUGAAAGUAAGCAUGAAGGAGAUGAAAAAGAUAAAGAAUUAGACUUGGAAGAGGAUGAAGAGGAAUUGAUAGAUGAAGAUGAAAAAGAUGAAGAUGAUGAUCUGUUGAAAAAUAAGGUUGAUGUUUUGCAUCUUUCCAGUAGCAUAGACCCUGGUCUGAAUAUCAAUAAGCUUGGAGGUUUAUAUAUCAGUUUUGAUGCAAAAAAUCAGAAGUCUAGAUCGAGUGUGAUUAAACCACUGAAGGAGAAGAAGGACCAGCUCUUGCAGAAGAGUGUAAUAACUCCAGACUUUGAAAGAAAGGAAUGUGUCCCACCCUACAAGGAGUCACUUCACCAGCUAAAGAAGCAGCGCAGGGCGGAGCGAGAGAAAACAACAGGUGAUGGCUGGUUUGGUAUGAAAGCACCAGAAAUCACAAGUGAACUGAAAAAUGAUCUUAAAGUUCUGAAAAUGAGAGCGUCUUUGGACCCUAAGCAUUUCUAUAAGAAGAAUGAUAGAGAUGGUCUCCCCAAGUACUUCCAGGUUGGAACUGUAGUUGAUUCUCCCAUAGACUUUUACCACAGUCGAAUCCCUAAGAAACAGAGGAAGAGAACAAUUGUGGAAGAGCUGCUUGCAGAUUCAGAGUUCAGAAGAUAUAAUAAAAAGAAGUAUCAGGAGAUCAUGAGUGAAAAAGCAGCUUUUGCAGCAGGGAAGAGGAAUCGGAAGAAGAGGAAAUUUCACAAUUAAGAAUUGAAGAAAAAUACCAAGCUGGAACAACUUACUUGUUAUAAAACUUUCUUACAGAAUGCUUUGGUUGUGGUGUUUUGUUUUGUUUUUUUUAAGAUUGCAGGUCACGUACAAAUUGAGGUUUAGGGAAAUUCUUGCCAUGAGAAUUUGCAAGGAAGCUUUAGAAAAUUAUCAGGUAUCUCAAUUUAAAUUAAUUUAGAUUUUUCAGUUACUUUUUAUUUUAAUUAAUAUUUAUGUAAAGAGAUAAUGAUAUGAAAGCAUAUUGUUACAUUUGAGUACAAAAUUCAAUUUCACAGAUUGGGGUCUUCUCAGGCUUCAGAUUUCACAUCAAUUAAUUAGUAAAUUCAGUUUGAAGUUUUUUGUGUAAUUCAUCUUGUCAUAUAUUGUGUGCCAGAAUAUAUUUUUCCAUGACUUGUCAGAGGUGCUGCUGGCCAAAACUAAUGGAAGGCAUUGAAAAAUCA